AUGAGCAAUUCGCCCAUCAGACUGCGAGAUACGCCUACUCAGGUGCAGGAAAAGCUCGGCCUCAGUGACCGGCAUUUCGACAACUUCAAGGACCUUGCGCGCCGAGUCCAUAACGAGUACUGUGCUGCUCAUCCCAGGUCGAGCUGGGCCGAUGUCAAUGUCAGUUGGACUGCUCUACCUGAGGCAGAGAGGCUCACUGUAAUUCGACAAAUGUAUAACCUAUGUCUCCAAGCCCGCCUGUUCCCCCCGACAACCCAACGAUCUGUCAUCGAAGCAGGCAUCGAGCAAAGACUGCAUCAGCCUCUAUGGCAAGACGACCUGCCGGAAGUCGGUAUAACGGGGACGUGUAUUGUUUGCCAUCGCACUCUAGCAAGUGCCGGCAAGAGCCUCAUGAUUGCCCCAAUGGCCCUGUCCGUGGACACCAUCGGGAAACUGUGCGACGCGAAUGUUGACCAAGGCGUCAAUGCCAGCUAUUCGAAACACAAGCUGAAGAAUGAUGCGGUGCUGAACAUAUGUUGGACCUGGAGACCUCACCACUGCUUCGGACCCGACCAAACACCUUCCUCUGAUCUUUAG